GCCGGAAGUUUACAUUUGCUAAGUUACGCAUGGACGUUAUAAAAGCUGACUUUCUCCUUGAGCUUUUUUUUCUGAUUUCACAAGUUCAGUUCAUUGUCAUGCAUAAUUUGCUUAUCAUAUGUAUGAAUUGAUAUUUCAAUUAUAUUGUGCAAAAUGUGGUACUAUCUCAAAUUAUUAAUUAUGCAUAGAUUAGAUAUAUUUCAAACAGAACACUUUCUUCUGCUGUUCAGAAAUACCAGUACAUAUCUAUAAGAGAGAAAUAAAAUAUUAAUUUGCCUCAUUAUAUCUGGGAGGAGUCAAUACAUAAUGUAUCAGAUUAUUCCGAUCUUUGAUUUAUUGCUAGGGAGCACAUACUGGUUGAGGAUUACUUAGGACACUCAGGCUGACAGAAAAUUUGGAAUAUAAAAUUUCUGCUUUUGGUGACAAAAUUGGAAAACAAUGGAUUAUUUUGAAGAUGAUUUACACCAAUGUAUUAUUCAGGGGGAUGCUGAAACACUACGUGAAUAUUUGAAGAAAGGCUUGGAUGUUAACCAUGCUUUUAGAAGCAACGAAAGACCAGAAAGAGUGGGCCAAACAAUGGUGGAAACUGCAAUAGAAAAUGAUCAAAUUAAUAUUGUACAAGCUUUAGUGCAAAAUGGAUGUAACACAAAUCUAAAAUAUAUAGUGGAUGUUUUCAACUAUACAUACAUUUUGAAACCAUAUAAAAAGAAAGAGCGACUAAAAUUAACAAUUAUGUUUAAGUGCAUUGUGAAAGAAGAUGUCCCAAUGGUUAAACUACUUGUACAGGGUGGAUUUGAUGUCAACAUCGUUGAUGAUCGUGGAUGGUCUCCAUUGUUACAUGCUGUUGAUAUGGAUAACUAUGAAAUGGUGAAAGCGAUUCUGAUCAGUGAUAAUUGUGACGUGAAUAUAAAAGAUACAGCAAAUCUUAGGCCUCUUCACAUGGCUGCGAUGCAUGCAAACAGCAAAAUUGCUUCACAGCUGGUACGAAGAGGAGCAAAGGUUGAUGUUGUGCAAAUCAGAGGUUGGACACCUCUUAUUCUGACAUGUCGAGCAAACUGUGUACAGACCACCCGCUUGUUGCUGUUGAAUGGAGCCAAUCCAAAUCAUACUGGAUUAAACGGUCAUACUCCACUUUCUACAGCUCUCCAGUUUAGCACCUGUAAAGAAAUUCCAGAAAUGCUGUUAGAAGCAGGUGCAUCAGUGGACAUAACUUUAAUUAAAAGAUGCCAAAGUGAAAAAUUCCAAAAUCUCAUUCUUCAUCCAGAGCUGAUGGGACUGAUUAAGUAUUGUGCAGAAUCUCCUCAAACUUUGAGAACUCGUUCAUGUCUUGUAAUUAGACAUUCAUUGAUUCAUUCAUCACAAAACAUUCAUUUAAUGAAAAAAGUGGAGCAAUUACCAUUACCAAAACUAAUAAAGGAGUAUAUUUUAUUAGGACAUUUGUAAUUGAUGUAAAUUGUUGAUACUCCCAUUUUUUGAAUAGGUUGUUCUCUUAUAUGAUUGAGCAUAAUGAAUAAAGUCUUUUGAUAAUGACAAAAAAAGCAAUAUUUGAGAUGAACACAAAGAUUCAAUUAAUCAGAGGCAAUAAAGUUUCAUGUUAUUGUAAUAAAAAUAUAAAUAAAAACAAAAUACUUUUAAGGUGUAAAAUGUUUUAACAUGUUUAAAGUCAUUAUCCUACAUCAUGAGUACAUGUCUCAAACAUGUUUUGCCUUUUUCUAUGUGUACAUGUAUGCAUGUUUACUUACCAUCUAGUAAAAACAAAGGGAACUCAUGGAAUUAUUUCUGUUUUGCAUAUAAAUAAUGGUAAAAUAAACUUGAUAAAACAAUGAUUAUGAAAUUUAAAAUCCAUAAAUGCAUUUAAUACUUGAUCAGAUUAUUAUAACCCUUUUCCUUAUAUAUACAAACAUGUAUUAUAUUUUAAUGAUUAUUCCUAUGCCUAACAUUCCAAACUGUAUUUUCAAAUGCUUUUUUUUAAUCAAUAUUGUCCAUGAAAUUAAUUUUUUUCAUUUUCUUACCAAUUUAACUGCAUCAGACAAUUUGACAAUUCAAGUCUCUUCAGGGAUGAUUUCAAUUAUACUUAUUUCAUCUUGUUCAUUUACACUAGUUAUAUUAUGAUUGCAAAACCAUGAUGUUGUGGCUCUGUAUUAAAAUAACAGUAAAUUAAGGGUUAAAUCUAUUUUUUUGUAUCAACAAUUAGUAAAUAAAAUACAUGUCAUGUUAUCUGAAGAAUAUCAGUAUAUGUAUAAUUUAUUAUAUUUAUUUUGGAGUUUUGCCACAUUACAUAGAAUUUAAACAUGUUAAAGGGACAAUAAACAUUCAAAAUUACAUUUUGUGCUGAUAUAUUUACAUUCAGUUAUUUUUUGAAAUUUUCUUGCCCUCAAAAUAAUUGUGAUGUUUUUGUCAAAUCUUCUGCAUCUUUAAUUUGAUAAGAUAUAAAGUAUGUUAUAUCUGAUUUUAUAAUUAUGUUGAAAGAGGUGAAAAUAAAGAACAUGGCUCACUCACAGUGGACAACAGUAUUAAUAAAUAUCUCUUCAAAAUGUCGUAAAGUCUGGCAUGAGUUUAACAGAUAUAACCAUAAAUCUUAGUGGUCUUUACACUUGCAUGCUCAUAAAUAACAUCUAAAAUUCACUGUUUCUUUUGUUCAGAAUAAACAAUGACUAUUUUUAUUUCUGUUUUUGGAUCACAUUCUUAUUCAAUUUAUCAUUGCUUCUCACAGUUGGUCAUCUUUUGAUUAUUUACCUAAAACAUUGUAAAAUGGAAGUUUUAAUUCUGUUCAAUAAAGUAUUUUUUUCUAUAAAGAACUUUUUCCCAUGGCCAUAUACAUGUAUACUUGAAUCAUGCUAUAAAUUGGAAAUUUUGUAUUGAUUAUGACAUAAAUUAAUAAAUAAUUAAUUCUCUUAGCCAUAAAACACUUCCACAGAGGAUACUUAAAUAAUUAAAUCUGUGUCUUAAUUAAGAAGAUAAGCUUCUUGAAACCUGUAUUGAUUUUUGUGUAUAUCUGCUAGAUUGAUGUGUUAGAUGUUUAGUAUUAACAACACAGAAGAGUACUUUGUAUCUUAAUGUCAUAUCAUAAAUAUCAAUCGAUUAUUUAAAAAAAAUAAAUUUUCUCCAUGUUCAGUAUUAAACAACGAUGAUUGUUUAUCAGGAAAUUUUAUGACAUUUUGUUUAUCAUAUUUAUGUUUCAAUAUAAAACAAUUUAUACAUGUUA